CUCCAGGUGAAUUUGACCCGUAUUUAUUGAAUGACUUUCCACACAUAUACAUGAGAUUCAGAAUGGGGGUAAAAUCUAUACGGUGGAAAGGAAGUAUGUUCACAUUUCAUCACUUUUAUAUUAGUGAUAUCAGAUUCUUGAACGAAUCGCCCUUUUGAGCCGAUUCUCAGGAAGUAACAGGUCGAGCCGGUUCACAAACGCUGCGUUCCAAACGGGAUAAAUCCGCCUCCGAAGGGCACUUCGUCAUGGCCGCCAUAUUGAAGGGUCGUGCUAAACUGAAGUGCUCAAAAAGGGCCACUUCAAAGGGUUCCUCGGAAUGAAGGAUUUCGAAAGGUACACCUUGCUCCCAUGAUUUUUUGGGCAGGUUUAAUUUGUUUGACAAGAAAGAAUGGCUGUGACAGGUUCGGAGUUCGACUUCACCAAUAAAUGGAGUGGCAGAUGGAGAGAUCUUUUCAGACAGCGCUAUUUCUGCUCAGGCCAGAGAUGGUCUUUAUUUUGGGAGAUGUUUUCGAUGAAGGCAAAUGGAGCUCCACUAAGGACUGGGAAGAUGAUGUGAGGCGCUUCAAACAGAUCUUCUAUCACUCCAGCAACACAGAACUUGUGGUCCUUAUUGGCAACCAUGACAUUGGAUUUCAUCACGAAAUGACCUCUUAUAAACUUGAACGUUUUGAGAAAAUUUUCAACAUGACAUCAGCAAAGAUCCUCACCAAAAGAGGAGUAAAUUUCUUAUUGGUGAACAGUGUGGCACUACAUGGAGAUCACUGUCCCAUCUGUCAGAGUGUGGAGGACAAACUUUACAUUUUCGCACAGCAACUUAACUGCUCCACACAGUCUGAUGCUACAAGGAAUCAUUGCAGGGACAUGCAGACACAUGCAUCAACGCCUCCCAUCAUACUUCAGCACUACCCUCUAUAUCGUACCAGUGAUGCUGAGUGCACAGGUGAAGAUGCAGCACCACUCAAUGAACGCUAUCAGCUCUUUCAGGAACGCUAUGACGUGCUCUCUCAGGAUGCCUCAAAGAAGCUACUGUGGUGGUUCCAGCCCCGCCUCAUUCUGAGUGGCCACACCCACAGCAGCUGUGAGGUUUUCCAUGAGAAUCGUUUCCUGGAGAUCAGCGUUCCAUCUUUCAGCUGGAGGAACCGCAACAACCCCAGCUUCAUCCUGGGCACCUUUUCGACAUCUGAUUUUGCACUGUCUAAGUGUUUCCUGCCAGAGGAGAGCAGUAUUAUAGCAGUAUAUUGCAGCAGUGCGGUUGUGAUUGUGCUGAUUAUACUUGUGCAUCUGCAUCCCUUCCAAGGAGCACUGCAUAUAGUAAACAGUCUUUUGGGCAAGAAAAAGUCUUUGUGAAACACACACACAUACUAAUGUCCAUGCUUUCAGGAAACUGAGCACUGAUGUACCUAAGAGAGAAUUUUAGAUACUGCAAAUACUAUUGUUACAUUUAUAAUUUAUAUAUGCAAAUUCUUUUAUACUGUGAUGUCCACUUGACCUAAUAGAGUAUUGUAUUGAUGUUUUGCAUUAAUUGGUCUUCUAAAUGGUUUACAUUUAAAAUUCCACUUUGCCCUAAUUACAGGCCAAGCCGUUUGCUUUUUCUUUUAAAUAAACAAAUAAGUGAUGUCUUUAACUGUAGUUUUAUGCAGAACAAAGGCAAUAAAAGAAAGUAUCUACUGUAUAUCUGACUAAUAAUGUGUGUAUUCUUCUUCAGUGCUGGUUGAAUAAUAAAACACACCAACACCUUUAGAGGUAUUUUAUUUGGAAAAUUACAUUUCUUCUGACAUUUCCAUUCUGAACAAAGAUGAUGGGUCUAAUGUGCCACUUAAAUAAAAUAAAAUAAAAAUUAAAAUCAACAAAACAUGUUAAGUCCUUGAAGGCCAGACACAGAGUUUUGUAUUUUCAUCUCUGUCAGUUAUCACUCAAUAUUUGAACAUGGAGAAGCCUCAGAGGAAAGAGAAUUAGCUUAUCUACCACUGUUGCAAUUUUGCCAUACAGCUUUUGCGACCCCAUGUGGCCUGUCUCUGUCAUCUGCACAGUCAUCUUCUGGGGCUGUAAUAUUGGGUUAAUUUGGGGGAAUCGCAUACAGUAUAUAGUUUUCUGUCUUUGAGCUCAUUCAAGAGACUCUCCCAGCUGAACUGCAGAAUUUUCUCUGCUAUGGUAAAAUGUUACAGGAACAAAGACCACAAUCUAAAAGACCAUGGGUCAUUUUGUUGGAUAGUAUUUUUUGUUUGUUUGUUUUUAACAAAUUAAAACUGUAAGAUGAGGAUUUUCCCCCCUUAAGCAUUUAAAAGUGUUGCAGAAUUACAAAUUAAGCUUAUAUCUGAUCAGAUGAGGAUUAAGGAGCCUACACCCAGUAAGGGCCCAACAGUGGCUCUAUGGCAGGUCUGGCCUUUGAAUUUACAACCUGCCAUUCACAAGCAUACACUCUUUGAAAAGAAGGUGAAAUAUAGAACUCUUAAGGGUUCUUUUGUGCCUCUGAGGGUUCUAUGUAAAACCCAACAACUGUUUUCCUAUCAGAGAGGAUUAUAAGCAGAAUCCUUUUAGGAAGAUAAGAAUUCUUACCUACCUAAAGAACUAUUAAAGGGUCCUUUUUAAGGGUCCCUGUUAAGCUGCCUCUGACAAUUAAUUUUUUAUAUUUUUUAUUUAUUUUAUUUUUUUUAAGUAAAUGGUUGGUGCAUUUUUUUUUUACAACAAUGAAUCAGGUAUGAUGAUCAGGUAGAUGACAGUGUAAUUACAUAUUAUAAGUAAGUAAUGAAGACAUGAUUUUUCUCCCACACAAAUUAAAUAAUCCCAUUUUGAUUGACCACAUUAUCUCUUGGUAUCUUUUCACAUUUUACUGUGCAAUCAUGCCAGAUAAGGCUCAGGCUCUGCGAUACUCUUUAGCUGUGAGGAUGGCCAAUCAGUGUCUGCAUGUUACUGAAGGUUAAGGGACAGUUAAACCUUCUACAGUACACCCUACCUAGAUCCAUGGCUAUGCAUACGACCUCACUAGACAUUCAUAAAUAUGUAUACGCAUAGGCACGCACAUUUCUAUGUAGAAUUGUACAUAUAGGUUUAUACAAUAUAAUUUCUGUUGUAACCUUAUAAAUGUAUAUGUACACAUAUAUAAAUAUAAAAAUGCUGAUGUACAGCUUGGGUUGAACACAACAGGGGGAUGUGGGUAUACACAUGCAUGCAGGCACACACAUGCAUACACACAUUUACAGCUGUAUCCCUGUGUACAAACCUCACACACGCAUUUUGUCUGAAAAUAUGCAUCCUACUAUGUCAGCAGGCUCAGUGUUCCGACACUUAAAGUGUUUUCCAAUGAUUUUUAAAGCUGUCAAGAGUUCUAGAAAGGGAAAAUAAAACUCAAUGAAAGAAAAAAAUUAUUCCAUUUUGAACUUAGCAAUCAGUAAGUGGUUACGUUUGCAUAUUGUAUUAAAUAUAUAUAUUUUUUUGCCUAAUUUCCAUUUUUUAUUAAAGACCAUAUGAUUCCAUUUUUGAUAGAGAGCGAGAGAUAUUCCCCAUCAGCAGGCUGUGCUGCAGUUAAGAUUUGACAUCAAGCUGUACAGCGCCAUCAGAAAUGUAUUUAUAUCUAAAUCCUCAUUUACAGGUACAGCUGUAAU